CUAGUAAGUACUCAAGAUAUGUUCAAUUUGAUUUUAUUUUAUUUUGAGUAAAGCCGUCAAGCCGAGUAAAAUCCUUUGACAAUUACUUAAGUACCCCCAUCUUCUUCAUCUUGGAAACAACGAACCAGAAAACCCUCCCCAUCCGUCACAAUCGGAGAAAUUUUGUGUGGACGUUGACGUGGGAGAGAAGAGCAACUAUGUUAUCGAAAGGAGCACCAGCGGUGGCGACGACGUACAAUGCCUCCGGCAAAGACAUCAAUUUUGCCCUAACUCGUUCCCGAUCCAUCGGUUUCAUCUCAAACCAUAGACAAUACAACGUCUUUUUAUGCAAUUCAUCGGUGAGGAGAGUUUCUCCGUUACUGGCCGUAACAACUGGGGAGCAUUCGAACAACGUUGCUAGUUUACAUGAGGCGGAGAAGGAAAAGAGCCUGGGGAAUCAGCUCCGGCUGGGGAGCUUGACGGAGGAUGGAUUAUCGUAUAAGGAGAAGUUCGUUAUUAGGUGUUAUGAAGUUGGAAUUAACAAAACUGCUACCAUUGAAACAAUUGCCAAUCUGUUGCAGGAGGUUGGAGGUAAUCAUGCUCAGAGUGUUGGGUUUUCUACUGAUGGAUUUGCCACCACAACUACUAUGAGGAAGUUGCAUCUCAUAUGGGUUACUUUACGAAUGCAUAUUGAAGUAUACAGAUACCCUGCUUGGAGUGACGUGAUUGAAAUUGAGACUUGGGUUCAAGGUGAUGGAAGAAUGGGGACCAGACGUGAUUGGAUCCUCAAAGACUAUUCCAAUGGUGAGAUCAUUGGAAGGGCUACAAGCAAAUGGGUGAUGAUGAAUGAGGAUACUAGAAGAAUGCAGAAAGUCAGUGAUGAUGUCAAAGAAGAAUACUUAGUUUUUUGCCCAAGGACACUCAGAUUAGCAUUUCCUGAAGAGAACAAUAACAGUCUGAAGAAAAUAGCAAAACUUGAAGAUCCUGCUGAAUAUUCAAGACUAGGACUUGUUCCAAGGAGAUCUGAUCUUGAUAUGAACAAACAUGUUAACAAUGUUACCUACAUUGGAUGGGCUCUUGAGAGCAUUCCACCAGAGAUCAUUGACACACAUGAACUGCAAGCUAUUACUUUGGAUUACAGACGUGAAUGCCAACAAGAUGACAUAGUUGAUUCACUCACCAGCUAUGAAUCACCUGAUGAUGAACAACACCUUACAGAAACCAAUGGAUCUGUUGUUGUUUCCUCUGAAACUCAAAGAAAUGGACAAGAAGAUUUGAGCCGAUUCUUGCAUCUAUUAAGAUCUUCAGGUACUGGUCUUGAAAUAAACAGGUGUCGCACUGAAUGGAGAAAGAAGCCGGAGAAAAGAUAAGCAUAUUUACCAUUUGUUUUGUUUUACCUUUUUACCCUUUUCCAUUGGUGUUCAAUAUCUGUCUUUUGUAUGUGAUUUUCUGGAUAUAUGUUAUUAUGUGCUCUAUCUGAUAUGAUGUUAUGUGUGUAGAGUGAUAUUUAUAUAUUUAUCGAUAAUCUGUUGUGGGAAAAUAAUGUUUCAGGGUAGAAGGAUUUGUGUUUUUAUCAGUUUUUGGUUAUUAUAUAUAUUUUGUAUUAUGAAUUUUGAGUUACAUGAUCAAAUCAAAUGAUAUGGAGUAUUGUGCUGUGACUUGUGAGUUGAAUUAUCCAAAUAUUAUAAAAUCACUGACAUAACAUAAAAUAACCUCUGUUUAUUUAUUCAUGUUGUAACUUCACUGCACAAGGUACAAGUCACCAUAGCAGCCAAACUAGAACAAACCUCACUAGACAAACUCUUCUAAAACACAAUAGGAGCUGAUAUUAUUCAUUUGACCUAAUAAUAAGACAGGGAUUCAAUCAUGUGGAUUGACUCUUUUGCCCUUCUUCACCUCCUCAGCUUGACCUCCAUAUCCAGGGUAUCCUCCACCACCUCCACGACCACCAUCACCACCAGGUUUGUUACCUGGCCCUCCACUGCCAUAACCGCCUGGAUUCCCGCCAUCGCC